AUGGAACAGGAUAUCUAUGGAUCGGACCCUUUCUCAAGUGAGAAUCUGUGGAGGCUGUCCAAGUUCACCUUGGAGUCCCUGCAGCCAUUGGAGCCGUUACUCUGGAACGAGGAGCUGCCUGAUCUCACCGGGGGUUUUUUCAAAAGUCCUUUAAAACUAUUUGAACAAGAUGACUCUACGUUGCACAACCUUGAUAUCUUUGGAGACAAUUUCUUUGAUACAGAACAGCUCCUCGAGUCAACUACGGAUGUGUCAAGUGAAAGCCAGAUCAAUGCGAGAACCGACCGCCCGGGAGAUACCGCAGAAGAAUCAGAGAGCCUAUGGUCGCCUGAUUUGCUAUAUGGUGCUCCGGAUCGAAAAACACCUUUGAGGUCAUGGGAAGGUUAUCAAGAUCGAUCAUUCCGUGAACCAGUUUCCGCGUACUUUAGUGAGUCUGGUGCAAAGGGAUUCGACGCCGCAUUGGCCCAUAGUGAAUCGGACCAUGUACUUGGAGGCUCCGGUCGCUUGGUCCCAAAUAGUAUCUUCUUUCAGGCUCUAUUUCGGGCUGGACUAGGUUGGAGUUCCAUGUUCUUUCGGUUCAAUGAGCAGAUGAAAAGAUUCGAAAAAGUACGAAACGAUAUCCGCGUCUCUGGGGUCAGCUUUCCGGCAUUGAAUAGUCUCACAGAGCAGAUGCUACAAUGUGGCACGAAUAUGCAGAAAAUGCGGAUGUUUGUUCGCAACACCCCGCUCAAAUCCAACGAACCUUCGGCCUUAUCUACUUUUUCCAGCGCUACAGCUGUGAUCCUCUACACGCUUGAAAAACAGCUCGCUAGUCGCUUCACACAUAUCGGUUCGCUUAUUCAGAUCCAAGCUUUGUUCCAGCGAUGUGGCGAAUUGGUUGGUGCUUUGGCCAAUAUAGUCGAUAGUCUUGACAAUACUGCAUCAGAGGCCCAGGUCAUCUCUGUUGUCUUAGGAAGGGCUGCUUAUUAUUCUCAGAAGUUUGGUUGGAUAGACAGGCUAUUUCACGAGAUUGUUAUACGGGUUACAAAACCUUGGCUCGACUACGUCGAGGCUUGGGUCGGACUUCGCUCUGAAACUCCCACCUUGAUUGAACUGGCAACGGGAAACAAGAGCUUUGUUGCAAUCAGUUAUCCGGAGGAAAACAAAAAAGCCAGGUUGGAUCCCGGAAUGAUUGAUUACAGAUAUUGUCCCCAACACAUGCCAUCUUUCAUUCCGGCAGAUCAAGCACAGUUGAUGUUUGAAACUGGGAAAAGUUUGCGGCUUUUAAAGCGUUCUCAUCCGCGGCACCCGAUUGCCAGUGAUGAAUUUCUGUGCAAUUCGGACUCCCCUAGGCUUCAUUGCGUGGGUACUUGGGCCGAUAUUGAGAGAAUACAAAGCAAGGCUUAUGAGUACGAGGGCAAACUCCGCGCCGAGAUACUCAAGUAUAACCGAGGUGAAGCUUCUGGGGGAAACACCCUGGUGGAGCCUGCUCUCCAAGGCUCUUACCAAAAAGAGGGUAAUGAAAUAAUAGCGGAGACCUUUGAUGUUUUUGACAUUGACGAUGGGCGACGUGUGACCGGGCUGCUCGCCAACCAUGCGUCUAUAGAGAAGGACCAGCUAGGUCAUUUGGUUGAUGAAGCUGAAGCCAAAAGUCGCGGCUUAGACCUUUCAAGCCAAGAAGAGGGUCGUUUUGGUCCGGAAUUCGCGUCCACUCUUUACUUAUCCCUCGCUCCUCUCAUUGCGUCACAGGGCCUACUGAUUGACUUUUCUUGUCUCCAUCUUCUUUUCAAGGAACACAAGCUCAGAUAUCACUUGACACUACAAUGGCGCUUCCAGCUCCUUGGCGAUGGUUUCUUCACGUCUCGUCUUUCCCACUCGCUUUUCGAUCCGGAGAUGGAAAGUGGUGAACGAAGAUCAGGUGUGGUGCGUAGCGGUGUGCAUACCGGUUUGCGUUUGGGAAGCCGUGAUACUUGGCCCCCAGCAAGCUCAGAGUUGCGUUUGGUGCUUAUUGGGCUUUUAGGCGAAUGCCACGUUGCAGAUGAAAGCCUGGGAGGACCAGAUAAUAUUCAACUGCAGAGAGAGAAAGAACUUCCUGGAGGGCUAAGCUUUGCUAUUCGAGAGCUAACAAGUGAAGAAAUUGUCAAAUGCAAGGACCCCAACGCCAUUGAAGCUUUGGACUUUCUCCGGUUACAGUACAAACCGCCGGCUGUUCUGGAAGCCAUCAUUACGCCACGGUCUCUCAACAAGUAUGAUCAUCUCUUUAAGCACUUGCUUCGCCUUAUUCGUAUGGUUUCGGCCGUCAAAGGCCUUGUUCGCGACUCGACUGCGAGAGGAUCUCUCUCUGGAGAUACGCGAAACGUAUUUCAGAGGUUCCGCAUUGAUUCGCAACACUUUGUUCUUGCAGUAAGCGAUUAUUGUUUCCACGUUGGUGUCGGAUCUACUUGGCGGCGUUUCCAGGAUACCCUCUCCAGAAUCGAAGACUGUCUUGACCGUGGUGAUAUUGACGGCACAAUCGAAGCAGCACACUCUGUCACUAGGCUUAGGGAUCAUCAUGAAGAUGUUCUCGAUCAAAUUUUAUUCGCGCUUUUCCUUAGUAAGAGGCACAUUCAAGCCGCCAAGUUGCUCGAAAGCAUCUUCGCCACUAUACUCACAUUUGCUCCACUAUCCAGGAUGGAUGGGAUGAGUGGUAUACGCCAUGAAAGCGAAACGACUGUCUUUCAACUUUACACCUUGUUUCGGAAACAGACGUCUGCUUUUGUCAAUUAUUUACGCAGUCUGGAUGGUGGGAAAGCAUCAUCAAAGUCGUUCGGCAGGACCGGAGCGACAUUUGCUUCACGAGAAGAGCCCACAAAUGUCUUUGAAAAUCUUCUUUCACGAUUGGAUAUGAAGAAAUAUUACUGAUUAAUGAAAAGAAUCUUUCUGCCGAAUUUUACCCAACGGCUUCUUUUUCCGUGGUAGAACGAGACGGCCAGCC